AAAAAUUUAUUUGUGAUACCCUAAAAAUAAAUAUAAAUAUAAAUAUUUAUAUUUACCUUUAUUUUUAGUUUCUUACGGUUUUCCUAAAGUUGAGAUAGAUAUUCAUUUUUUGGAGAGAGAAAAAACAAGUUUUUGUUUUUAGAGAGAAAGAGGAGAAGUUUUUUAGAGAGAGAAAAAAAUGGCGGAACAACUCACCGACGAACAGAUCGCCGAGUUUAAGGAAGCUUUUAGCUUGUUUGACAAAGACGGCGAUGGCUGCAUCACCACCAAGGAGCUCGGAACAGUGAUGAGGUCCCUUGGUCAGAACCCUACUGAGGCAGAGCUUCAGGACAUGAUCAAUGAGGUUGAUGCUGAUGGAAAUGGUACUAUCGAUUUCCCAGAAUUCCUCAACUUGAUGGCCAGAAAGAUGAAAGACACCGAUUCUGAGGAGGAACUGAAAGAAGCUUUCCGUGUCUUCGACAAGGACCAGAAUGGCUUCAUCUCUGCUGCUGAGCUACGCCAUGUGAUGACAAACCUUGGUGAGAAGCUUACGGAUGAAGAAGUUGAUGAGAUGAUCCGUGAGGCUGAUGUCGAUGGUGAUGGACAAAUCAACUACGAGGAGUUCGUCAAAGUCAUGAUGGCCAAGUAAGGAUUUCUCUGGUGGUUGGAGAAGGGGGAAAAAGUCAAAUUUGUAAAAUGGCUUAGUGAAUUAUUAUGGGACCUAUAGCUUUUUUUUUCAUUAGUAAUUUCUGAUGCAUGGAAACCAGACAUUUUAGAGAUGUUGUGGUUAUGUGAUUUCUGUUGAUCCUUGUUUACCCAUUACUGUAAUGAUGUCUUUUCUUGGUGACUUUAUGUUUUCUUCUGGUUUCUAUUGUAUCCGAUUCGCUUGGGAGAACCAACUAAUUUUGAUGAAUGGCUUGACUCAUUUUCUCUGA